AGUUUUGUCCCGAACGAUAUCGGUAUCUUAGGUUGUGUAGUUUACAGAUUUCCUCUAGUUGCUGCAAGGCAACGUAGGACAAGACGAGUUGUGAAUUGUGAAGUGGGUGCUUGUGGCGGUUAGAAUCAUUUGUAACGAAUGAAAUGAAUUCUAAAGUAGUGGUGAUUGGUUCCUGUAACAUGGAUCUAUCAAUGUACGCCCCACGACUCCCCAAGCCGGGCGAGACCAUUCAUGGCAACAAGUUUGUGCUGGGGUUCGGAGGGAAAGGAGCGAACCAGUGCGUGGCGGCGGCCAAGCUCGGAGCGGCAACCUGCAUGCUGUCUAAGUUAGGCAAUGAUUCCUUUGGGAAGGACUUUCUUGCGAAGCUGCAAGAAGCUGGUGUGAACACGGAUCACGUAAGCUUCUCGAACACAAGUCAUACAGGAAUGGCACAGAUAACCGUAUCUGAUGAUGGGGAGAACCAGAUCGUGAUUGCGGCCGGGGCUAACGAGGAGCUGAGCCCCUCGGACGUGGACGCGGCCCGGGGGGUGGUGCAGGCCGCCGCGGUGGUGGUGUGUCAGCUGGAGACCCCCGUCGAGACCACCGUGCACGCGCUGCGGCUCAGGCAGCACUGCAAGGGAGUGACCAUAGUGAACGCAGCCCCCGCGCUGGCGAACCCAGAUCCUCGACUUCUGAGCCUGUGUGACAUCUUCUGCGUGAAUGAGGCCGAGGCGGGCGUGAUGGUGGGGGGGGAGGUGACGGCGGAGAACGCGCACUCGGCAGUGCUGCGGCUGCUGGACGGAGGCUGUGGCACGGCCGUCAUCACGCUGGGAGCGCGGGGAGCCGUGCUGGCGUCCCGCGCCGACCGCAGGGUGGUUCACGUGUCGGCGCCCCGGGUCACCGCCGUGGACACCACCGGAGCUGGAGACAUGUUCGUCGGCGCGCUGGCGUACUACCUGGCGUACCACCCGGGCCUCUCGCUGGAGGAGACCACGAGGCGGGCGUGCGAGUUGGCAGCCCUGUCCGUGCUCCGGCCCGGGACGCAGUCCAGCUUCCCCGCCCGACGCGACCUCAGCGACCGCCUCUUCUCGUGACGUCACUUGGUCCGCGUGUACUUGACUGGGUCACGGUGGUGUAGUGGUUAGUUCCCUGGGCUCCCGGCGGGGUCGGGUCGUAGAGAAUGUAAUUGGUGAGUGGGCCACUUUCAGGCACUCACCUCGUCUGGGGCUGCGGGGUGUAGAUUCUGACUUAGUUCCGCUUGUGUUUGUUAUUCAUACACAGCAGUGCCCAGUGCCUUUCAGACACACCCUUUUCAUUGGGAAGUAUGUAUUAUCAUCAUUGUAAAGCCAAGUAUUUUAAAACUUGUAUUGACUUUUUAUGUUUACCAAGUAUAUCACAGGGUAGUUUCACUAUCAUAAAGUUGCAUUGGGCACACCAAUACAUUGGUUAUGGCCCCUAAUGUUUACCAAAGUGACUGUAUACAGGUUUAUGUACACAUGUCCGUUCAUAGACUUCCAUUCCAUUUUCACGAAAUUGCUCUUACUAAAUGCUGUAUACAGAGAGAUAAGCUGUUUACACAUCAAAAACGUAAAUUAUUGUUACGGACUCCAGUUAAAAUGAGCAGGAAUUGAGUUUAUCAUUGCUUAGCUAAAAUAUAGUUUAGCUGGCAGCUGUUAUCAAAAAAACAUGUGAAUAACUAGGGUUUAAAUAUGAACAUAUGAGCUCAUUUAAUCACCAAUUUGUUAUAAAAAAUUUUUUUUUAAAAACUUGAAACGGAUUGCAUUGGAUUUCGCCGUAUUUUGCUGUUUACAAAAAAUUUCUGGAUAAAUAUGUAGAAUAUCAUGUUCUAGAAAAUAAGGCGAAAAUUAACUGAAAUGAAAGGUUGGUGUUUGGUGAACUGCUCAGAAUGAUGCAUUAUUUAAAAAUUACUACAUCUCACAAUGUGUAAAUUAUAAUUAUACUAUAGUAUACAAAUACAGUGAAACCUCUAUUUAACAAAUCUCAAGGGACCAAAAUUUGUUGUGUUUGUUGUAAAGGGGUUUGUUAAAUGGAGGUUUCGCACAAUGUAUUUCUAGUCAUCAUAAAGCUUCACAUAAAUGGCUAGAACUGUCUUUCUGAAUGUUUAAUACGAUAUGAGGAAUUAAACAUGAAAAAGUACAUAGAAUACACUUGUUUAAUGGCCAACCAUUUGAUGCUUGGAAAUUAUCAAUUCCCAUCCCCAGUGCUUCCUGGCAUGCCUUUGUUGAUGUUUGAUGCCCUAGCCUCCAUUAACCAGUCAAAAAGUAUCUUGUCCAAGUCAUUAUUUUUACAUACUUUCACACGUUUUCAAUUUGUCCCUACCAGAGAAGCGUUGUUUUCGAUCUGUUCCCGGUUGGAUAAUAUGGUCGAAAGUGUAGACGCCGGGAUGUCGAAACGUUUAGCUAUAUCACUUUUUUUUCCCACCUUCAUCAAAUCCAUUUAAAAUUUCUAAUUUUAUUUUAACGUCAAUCUGUCGCCGCUUUUUAGGAUUAGAAUUCAGAAUUAAUUAUACAGUAGUAACGUGUUGAUUUCCGUAACUAGGUGUGGAAAUAAAUAAACAACAGUGAAAACUGAAAAAACGGAAAUUGUACUACACCAUAGUUAAAAAUAUUUGCGUGUGUGCAUCUUUAACCAUAGAAACGCAAAAUACACUAGUUGUUCAUCUUGCCAGAGCGAUGGUACGAGAGGUUUCCGCCACUAGCGCUAAAAGUACCCGCCAUUUUGAACAAAGUGUGGCAUGUAUAUACGACGUGUGUUAUCCAUGAUGCUUUGUUUAUUUAUUGCCUUCCGCGAUGGUGCAUAUUAUUUUAAGGUCAUAUGCACGUAUUUUUAAGCAGUGAAUGCAAAAAAAAUUAGUGGAUGUCUUGUAAGAGAUGUUUAUUUUUGCGUGUUUUUCAAAAGCGGCAGUUUGUUGUAAAGGGAAUUUCUAGUGAUGGGUCGAGUCACCCUAUUUCAGCAUCGAGUCGAGUUCGAGUUAAACAAAGAAAUUUAUCUUCGAGUCGAGCUCGAGUCGAACUCAUAGAAAUUUGUCUUUGAGUCGAACUCGAGCCGUACUCAUGGAAAUUUGUUGAGAUGAGUCAAACUUAGCGAGGUUCAAGUGGCAGAAUGAUGAGCGAAAUAAAUAUAAGUUAAAUAUUUCUCAAUAUAAUAUAUGUAAUAAAAUAUGAAAACUUUGAAUUAUUGAAGGUUUCCCUACACAUUUUGAUUUUUGUGUUUUUUUUUUAAUCUUCAUACUGACGCUUUAAGUGAAAAUGCACAUCCAAGUGACGAAUCAGACGUGAAUUUGAUGAUGACUGAGUCUUGUAUUUUUUUGCAGCACUUGCAUUUAGCUGUCUGAUGAUCAAAUUUUUCAAAAAAAUCCCAGGCCGUACAAACAUAUCUAUUCCACUAAUACUAAACCGUUUAUGAUUAAUACGACGCCGGCGAAGCAAACUCAAGUGUAAACAUAAACUUCAGCAGCCUUAAUUUUCCGUUCGGCCAUGGAAAACUGGUUGGAGAUUUCAAUUAUUGUUGAUAUCGAUUUGCCAAAGUGGCAACAUUCCCUGGCUGUAUGAUGACUUACGUAGGCCAUUGGCCCGGAGUUAAAAUGGCGGCUAUCUAAUGUUUAGUAGUAAAUAUUAUUUACUUCCAAAGCUGCCCUAAAAUUAACGUGGUCUUGUUCAUGACUGAAUCUAGAGAACAUUUUUUAAAUUCCGUUAUAGUUAAAUAAAGGUAUUUUGUUGCAGUUAUAAAUAUUAAGUGCAUAUUGAAGGAUGGGAUACACACAAUCAAAAAUAAAUAAUCUUCCGACUUCGUUUUCAAGGUUUUCAGUGUUGGAUCAGAGGUUUUCCACUAGGUAGGCCUAAAUAAUACAUUUUAUUUUAUUUUAAAGUGCAUGGUUUCGGAUAAGUACCUACCUUCACUAUUGGAAAUUGUGCAACAUUAUGGUCGAGCCAAAAACUAAACUUUGACGAGACUCGAGGACACGAUCUUAAUCAACUCAGUUUUCGAGUCGAGUUUAGUUUCGCCGGCUCGACUCGACUCGCUCGAUUUUUCGAGUCUCGACCCAUCACUAGGAAUUUCACUAUUUCGGAACAAAUAAAAUUCAGUAUUUAGAUGUUAAAACAGCAUUGAUCUUAUGGCGGUUCGGCGGGACCAAAAUUUUAUUUCGUUGCAUGGGGUUAUUUGUUAAAUAGAAUAUUUCGUUAAUGGAGGUUUUACUGUAUUUUUAAUCAUUGCAACCCUUUUUUUUUACUAGCCAUAACACAUCAAUUGUGGUUAGGAUGCUACUGUGCCGAUAGCCUCAUGUUAUGUUUAACUAUUUACCAUUUAUUUUCAAAAAUAUUUUAUUAUAUUGCCCUCAAACAACAGUUCAUCUAUGAAAUUGUAAUUAAGAAAAAACCCCCCCCCCCCCCCCCCCCAACCUUUUUCUCCAUCAACAUUAAAACAUUUCAUCUUAGUUUGGAAGUUUCACAACUGAAAAAAAAAAAAAAAAAACUUUAAUUUCUAGGAUUGCAAUCUCAUGAAGUCAUAUUGUCCAAGCAUGUAAGAGGUACCAAUUACAAAUAAGAAUUUAGAGUCAAACAAUAUUAAAUUCACUUGUAAUUUUGCUGCACAUUAUCACUUAGAGAAUCAAGUAGAAUAAGAUACACAUAAAAAAAUACUAUGUAAAUAAAAUAUAUUUAACAAUAACAACCAUAAUACAAUGUGAUUUUUGUAUCAUCAAAGACAUGAUACAUUGGUCCCUUAAUACAUGAAAAAUGAUUAUAAAAAAAAGUAAAAAAAAACGUGAUUCACAAUGCCAACCCAAUGAAAUAAACUCUAAAUAAAGAUAUGAUUUAAUUAAAAAUAACAUGUAUUAUACAGUUUACACAGCAAUAUCCUUAGGUAUGUAUUUAUAUAUUUGGUUGCCAUUACAAAUUUAAUAAAAAUUAUCUUUAAUAUCUUUACAAGCAGAGAAUGUUUUUUAGGAAUGUUUCUAAACACACUGCUACACACUACAUGUUUGUGAUCCUUCUUUGUUUAGUCCAGUGUAAUUCAAUUGUAACUCCAGUACUUUCGAUCUUAGUGCCGUAAUGGAGUGAUGUGGCUGGUGGUACUGGUUCCCAGUUACUUACUAGCCGAACCUUUACGGUUUACGGUGUGGGACCCACGCAAUAUUCCUAAUUUUCCUUGGAGCCAAUGGACGGAUGCUAUCAGCACACGUCAAAAAAAGGAUCUUUAAUCUCUGAAUACUGCAGACAGCACGCAGUCUCCCCUACCCUAUCUUUUCACAUGAUGAGGGGGGGUAAUCAUUUUAACACAGGGUCAAUAUACUUUUAAAAAUGUUUUUAAAGAUAAAUUCAUGAUUUAUAGUUGUUUAUGAGUAGUAAACUGAAGGUAUUUCCUACCACUUUGCAGCCUUUUGUUACUUUUAAUUCAACCAAAAAAAUUGUGUGUGUAUGUCUCCUCUUUCAACAAACCUUUGUUAACUUGAGGGUAACAUUGUCACACAUUAUAUAAUACAUGACAACUUGAACUGUUUAGAUGGUAGCUUUUAUUACUUAUUUUUAACAAUUAAUUUAAUCUCUGGAGAACAGACUUUUGUUUGUCAAGAAAAUUUUUAUAGCGGUGUGUAAAAUAAAAUACUGACCCAUCAAAAA